CCCAAAUCCCCCCAUUUCAUUUGGCUCAUCUCACCUUUUUAUCUCCCACUCCUCCACGCCCUCCUCUCCCUCUCUUCCUCCCCUCCUCCCCUCGUUACCACAUUCGCAUCUUCCCAUCAUGCCUUCCGGAUCAGUUCUCGUCACAGGUGGAACGGGCUACAUUGGCUCUUUCACCACCCUCGCCCUGCUCGAGGCGGGUUAUAAUGUCGUCGUCGCUGACAACCUCUACAACUCCUCUCCCGAGGCUCUGAAGCGCAUUGAGUUGAUCUGCGGCAAGAAGGCCGAGUUUGCUCAGCUGGAUGUCACCGAUGAGGCCGCCUUCGACCGCGUCUUCGAGGCCCACCCCGACAUCGACAGCGUCAUCCACUUUGCUGCCCUGAAGGCUGUCGGAGAGUCCGGUGAGAAGCCUCUGGACUACUACCACGUCAACGUCUACGGCACCAUCUGCCUCCUGCGUUCCAUGGUCCGCCACAAUGUUACCAACAUCGUCUUCUCCAGCUCGGCUACCGUCUACGGCGAUGCCACCCGCUUCCCCAACAUGAUCCCCAUCCCCGAGGAGUGCCCUCUGGGCCCCACCAACCCCUACGGUAACACCAAGUUCGCCGUCGAGACCGCCAUCACCGACGUUAUCAACGCUCAGCGCAACAACGCCAUCAAGGCCGGCAAGGAGGACGAGGCCCAGAAGUGGAACGGUGCGCUGCUCCGUUAUUUCAACCCCGCUGGUGCCCACCCCAGUGGUAUCAUGGGCGAGGACCCCCAGGGCGUCCCCUACAACCUGCUUCCCCUUCUGGCCCAGGUGGCUACCGGCAAGCGCGAGAAGCUGCUUGUCUUCGGAGAUGACUAUGCCUCCCACGACGGAACCGCCAUCCGGGACUACAUUCACAUCCUCGACCUGGCUGACGGCCACUUGAAGGCUCUCAACUACCUGCGCGCGAACAACCCCGGAGUCCGUGCCUGGAACUUGGGUACCGGUAGGGGCAGCACUGUGUACGAGAUGGUCCGUGCCUUCUCGACGGCCGUGGGCCGGGACCUCCCCUACGAGGUGGCUCCCCGCCGUGCGGGUGACGUGCUCAACCUGACCUCCAACCCCACGCGUGCCAACAACGAGCUCGGCUGGAAGGCCGAGCGUACCCUCGAGCAAGCCUGCGAAGACCUCUGGCUGUGGACACACAACAACCCCCAGGGCUACCGCCAGCAGCCUCCGGCGGAGCUGUUGGAGAAGCUUCAGAAAUAAGUAAUAAUGACCUGCCUCGAUUAGAAUUCCUUGCUGGAAGAAGGCAACAUCGCAUGGAUAGAGACGAUUGGGCCUUGUUAAUUGGAUGAGACGAAUUUCCUUGUAUGAUCAUUGCUCUUGCGAGCCGUCUGUAUCUAGAGCAUAAAGCUAGUGAAUGAUGUCUUGCUUAGA